AAGGAAGGCGACAGACGACAAAAGGACUUACAAACUUAAUAGUUUUGCUGCUCUCAGCGGAGACAUGGCUGCAUCUUAAUUGCUUAUCGUGCUGCUUGGCCGGUCCCUUCAAGCGUUUGGGACGCUAUGAUUGAGCGUCUCAAGCGCUUGCAAGGACCGGCCGGACAGCACGAUAAGCAACCAUGAUGCACCCAUGUCUCAGCUGGUAGUACGCCUGUUGGGAGUCGUAAAUCAACGUGUGCGGUGCCUCGGGAAGCCUUGCAGAAAGGCAGUAAACGUUUCAGUGGCACUUCAAAAGAUAAUUUCACCACGCAGUUCUUCGCGCAGUGCGGGCCCAUACAAGGCCCAUUCCAACGGGAAAAGAUUUUUGGUAUUUUGCUGUGCAGCCCUGGUUACCGCGCAAACUGAGUUCUUCUUUUGUUUUGAUUAUAAAUGAAAAGAAAACCCAAGAGGCAGCCGCAAUGAACUAUUUUCCAAACUACUACUCGAUCGAGGAUAUAUUUGUGACCCAGGAGAAGGUCGAAUGCAAGGUCAACACUAAGCUACAGCGCAUGGGCUUUUUGGACGCCGGUGCCGAGGGUGACGACCUGGAGCCGGGGCGCACCGUCAAUCUGCCGCUGUGGUAUAUCAAGGAACUGAAGGUGAACAAUGCCUACUUCACCGUCUCCGUGCCGGAUAUCUACAAGAAUGUGCACAAGGCCGUCUGCGAGGCGGAGACGACGCACAUCGAACUGGGGCGCCUGCAUCCGUACUUCUACGAGUUUGGCCGCUAUCUGACGCCCUACGAUCGCAACCAUGUCAUCGGGCGCAUCAUCUUUGAGACGAUGCGGCAGCGCGUGCGCCACUUGCUGGACAUAUCCAAAAACGAUGGACACAUGGCCAAGUCCGAGCUGCGACUGGACAACAUCGAGGCGAAGCUGCAUGAGGCGGGAGUGCGCACCAAUACGCAGUACAUCCACUGGCUGCAGCUGACGGGCAAUAAAAUUCUCAUCUCCGAGCUGGUGGAGGAGCAUCAGAAGAAGCGAAAACGUGAACUCAGCGAUGAUGAGAGCGAUAGUCUGCCCAGCAGUAAACGUGCCACACUGUGAUUGCCGAAAUAAUUACUCGUUUUUUGGGAUGCUUUUGUUUGUUUGUUGUUUGAAACGUUUUAGCAAUUUUAUUCUGUAACUCGCCGGCCUGCAGUGCAUGCUGCCCAGAUCAGAUCACAGACACACACACACACACAAACAUAAACAGACAAGCAAAUGUUUCACUGUGGCACAAAAAUACAUUCGGUCCACAGAUGCACAGACACAUACAUACAUAUGCGUGUGUGUGUGCAUAGCGACAGCUGGGAUUAAUUUUUGUUUUUUAGUUUGUAAAUACAUUUAGCUAAGCAUUUAGCACAGAAUGCACACACGGUUAGGUACCAUCUACAUAUACAUAGAAACUGCUGCUGCUACUGCCUGCCGCAACCCACUUCACUCCACUACCACUCUCUCUUUCUGUCUGUCUUCCUAUCUAUCUAUAUAUGUAACUCUCUCGCUCUCUUUCUGUCUGGCGUUGGCAAUAAGCCACACGGAACAACCAUCGAUCGGUCUUCAAAACCAUACCAUAUAUUGUGUGUGUGUAUAUAUGGGCACAUAAUAAAUAUAAAUAGGUAACUACAUACACAUACAAUUACAAUUUGUCGUAAGCUCAAUUAAAACUUUGAUUUUGUUACACACUUCCCCCGCAAAUAAAACAGAGCACAGAGCACCUCCUCCUGCUCAUGCCAAACA